UCCUCCGCUCACUCUAUGGAGUGGGUGAGAUUGCUGGUCGAGCGGCCGCUUGCGCAACAAAAAUAGAGGAGCUCUGAAGCCAGGAAAGGGAGCGGUCCUCUGAGAUCUUCAAUUUGAUUCGCCCCAACUUCUUCGCGCUCUACGCAAAACUCCGAUAAGUGAGUGAUAUUCGUUAACGGGAAGACUCCCGCGUCGAGAACGGAGCUCAAGAUGCUUGACCAGCGUUUCUUCCCGAUCCAACGCGUACAGCUUGCGCUCAGAGGCAGGCAAGCAACCGAUCUGGAACUCUCAUAAGGGGUGACGUCUAAUCAAGAGGCCUCUUAUCAACUCAAACCAUGCGCUCCGUGAGGGGUCAUCGGGCCCAGAACGCGGAAUCGGCCUCGUAUCUGCUGAUCCGGCAAAGCAACGCACCAAGCCGCGGCAACCCUCUUCGGCGCAUGAAUUCGAGGCUGCGAUGCGCUUUGCUGUUCUCAUUGCUGAUCGUGCUGACCAUACUUUUUGUGAAUCUUAUAUUCAUACGUUUAGAUCGACCCGACAUCCUCAAACUGGUCGGUAAAAAUAUGCAACCUGGCGAGUUUUCCCCCUCGGAGCCAGAAGAUGCAGUUUUGGAGAGACUCCACCAUGGGUUCAUCAAACCUGUCAAGUUACCUCAGAAAAUUAUUCAUCUUGAUCUUAAGGGCGCCCCCCUGAGCGUGACCUAUCUCGAGCAAAUAAUGCCAAUACUGCAACAACUGGGGGCCACUGGAUUACUGAUUGAAUAUGAAGAUAUGUUCCCUUAUCACGGCAAACUCGAGAACAUCUCUGCGAUAAACUCUUAUUCGGUCAACGAUAUAGGCAGGAUACUCGAAGCUGCGAAGGCUAACGAGCUGACAGUUAUACCCUUGAUUCAAACUUUCGGUCAUCUCGAGGUCGCACUGAAAUUGGAGGAGUUCGCCAACCUGAGAGAGGUACCCCACAAUCCUCAGGCCCUUUGUCCCUCGAGGAAUGCGAGCGUUCAGUUGAUAACCGAAAUGCUCAAGCAAGUCGCUGAAUUACAUCAAGGACACAUUACUCACAUACACAUCGGAAGCGAUGAGGUCUACGCUCUGGGGGAAUGUGGACUAUGCCUGGACCGCAUGACGGAUCAUAACUGGAUGAAAAGUGAUCUAUUUCUGUCGCACGUCAGCACUGUGGUCAAUAUCGUGCACAGCUUGGGAUACCAAGCGAUUAUAUGGGACGAUAUGUUCCGGAACGUCGACGAGGAAGCUCUCAAGAGCUCCCCCCUGGCGAGGCUAGUCGAAAUCAUGGUGUGGAACUACAGUAAGAAUGUCAACCUGGUCGGUGUGUUCUCCAAGUACAUGACUGCGGGCUUCCGUGGCCUGUGGAUCGCCUCCGCCUUCAAGGGUGCCGUGGGUCCGAAUAAUCAGAUGCCCGAGUACAAACUCCAUCUACUCAACCAUCUUUCGUGGGUCCAGCUCCUCAAACAAUUCGAGGGUAGAAUCCAAGUGAAGGGAAUCGCCAUCACGGGCUGGCAAAGAUUCGACCACUUUGCUUCACUGUGCGAGCUCUUCCCGGUCGGCAUUCCCGUACUGGCGGUUUGUCUGGCUUUUUUGCAGACAGGCAGAUUAGAUGAUCAGACUCUCGGAGGAAUCAAGACAAUCCUGAAAUGCAAUCGGAAUAUCAAGUUCGUUGGAGACAUCCUGCCCGUUAAUCCGUCCUUGUAUGGGAGUCCGCCACCAUUGUUCUGCGACCACCCGGGGAGUCGGGUUUUCUUCGACAUCAUGCGUUGGGACGAAUUGAGGAAACAGGAGAAAGAAGCGCUCAAAACGAAUUACAUCGUGGGCUGGAUGAGUCCCAUGAACAUCAAACACCAAUUCAGCUCUCCUGACAACGUGAUGCAGGGAACGCGCGACUUCUCCGAACUCAUCUCACAGAUAUCAAAGCUUGGCGAAGUAAUUUCGGAGGAUCUAUUGGAAGUCAGCGACAGGGCCACAGCUGAGGAAUGGGUGGAGACAUUCAUAGAGCCGAUGAUAGAGCCACUGGAAAAGCUUCAGAACAGUGCGAAGCUCAUGCUCGGAAAAAAUCGCUGGCCCCGAAGACCUCUGUACGACAGUCGCCGACCACCGACGUGAGAAAUUCCUCAUUCGGAUACUUCCGUCGAAGACAGUGAAUCUCACGCGGGCUGGUCGGAUUUUAAGCUCACAGUGCUUGCGUUGUCCAAUGGACAGGUUUCGGUAUCGGGAGCUAUAUUGUAUUUUUGUAUUGUCUGCGGCUCCUGUCGUAAAUCGAAACCCGAGCCCGUGGACAGCUGGUCACGCGAAACGUUGCAUUGUUUAUUGCUUGACCGAUCCGGAUCGAGCCCGGACUUCCGAUACAUACGAUAAUGAAUUGAAAAAAAUUGUGGAAAACCGGGACGACCCACACAUUUACAAUUGGGUCGGAAGGCAUUGUGUAGUGGCUGUCGUGUGAUAACCUGUAAAUAUGGGUCUUGGAUUUUUACCAAGUCACCAAGUCAGAAAGGAGAAUAAAAAAGCAGAUUCUCAUGAGAUUCGAUUCAACUGCUCCUGAUAUCGUGCGCUGGGCCAAAUUAUCCUCGUCACGACUCCUCAAUGCCGGUCGGACCAUCUGG